ACAAAAAUCUGAAUGCGAAAAUAACAAAAUAGAAGUACAGUGGGAGGGAGAACAGUGUGUAGCCUACAAGGCAGGUUAGCUAACUAUAUAUGUUCACAUCCUAUUCGAUCGGAUAUUGACAUUGCAUGCAUCGCGGUGACAUGCAAAAUAUAAGGAGAUGCGUUUUUAUUUACGAUUGCACACAUUUCCUACAACAAGAAAGAGUUUGACAUGAAAGUGAACCGCUAGCUAACCAGCGAAAGUGUGGCACUGUAUUUUAGGCUACUGUCUGAAAAUAAACUGGAAGAUGACAGACAUUGGAUUGUAUGGAUAACUGUCCAUAGAGAUCAUCUAAUUCGCUUUUAUAUGGAUUUUAGACCAACUACAAAUAGAGGAUUUCUUAUUUGAAAAGCUUUGAUCAGCUGUCAUUAUGGCCAACAUAACGUCGCGCAGUGAGUCUGAGGAUGAAGAUCUACACUCCACAGAUCCUGAGAGUAAGGACAAGAGCAAAGACAAGAAGAUACUGUGCAAAGUCAAAUGGUCUCGCGAUGAGGACGAGAGGCUGAAGAAGUCAGUGGAGCAGCAUGGAGCAGACUCCUGGAAAUUAGUAGCUAAUAAUUUCACAGUGAUUGACCUGGUUCAUAAAUAUGGCCCCAAGCGCUGGUCGGUGAUUGCUAAGCACCUGCAAGGGCGGAUCGGGAAGCAGUGCCGUGAGCGCUGGCACAACCAUCUGAACCCUGAGGUGAAGAAGUCCUCCUGGACCCAGGAAGAGGACAGCAUCAUCUACCAGGCCCACAAACGCCUGGGCAACCGCUGGGCCGAGAUCUCCAAGCUGCUGCCUGGAAGGACGGACAACUCCAUCAAGAAUCACUGGAACUCCACCAUGAGGAGGAAAGUGGAGCACGAGGGGUACCUCCAGGACGGCUGCAGGGGAUUCAGCUCAGAGCACGGGGGGUUGAAGCGACGCCACCACAGACCCUGUGUCCCCCAACCAGACACCCCCCAUGGUGGGCACAGCCCUCUGGGCAUGGCUGGACCAACUCAGCUUGGGGGUUACCUCUAUAGCCCUCACUGUGGCCAGCUGAUGGACAGCCUCCCAGACUCCUCCAGCUACUUAUCGCCGUCCUGCCAUGACGAUCCAGACAAAGAGCAGAGAAUUAAGGAGCUUGAGCUGCUGCUUAUGUCAGCAGAGACCGAGGUCCGGAGACAGGCCCAGUGCCGAGGCCCAUGUAGUGUGGAGCGUUACUCCAGCUGGGCAGACGGCAUGUGUCUGGCUCUACAGGACCCUAUGGCGUGGAGCGAGGCGGCCAGCUUCGACGUGUCUGAGGCGACGACGCCCCUGAAACAAAUACAGGGGAGCUACGUACCCCAGGGGAGGACCACAGAGGGGAUGAGGUAUACCAUUGACCCCUCCAACGACAUCUCAACCAAGCACUGUGCCCCCAUGGGUCAGCGGAAAGUCCACACCCCACACAACGUGCCCAGACCAGGCCUGCCAUCCCUGGGGAGGAGGAAGAGGACAGCGAGGGGGGACCAGUCCCCUGAUAGGAGCCGUGCGUCCUUCUUAGAGUCACCCAGCAUCAACUCGCCCAAGAACACCCCCACGAAAGCACUGCCUUUCACCCUCUCCCAGUUCUUCAACACAUCAGGAGGAGAGCAUCUGAGCCUGGACAGCCCUUCUCUGACCUCCACCCCAGUCUGUGGCCAGAACUAUCUCCUCAACACACCCUUCCAGAAAGAGACCACGCCCAAACACCAGAAAGAGAAUAUGGGUUUCAGGACCCCUAAGAUUCAUAAGACCAUAAUGGUUCCGACUCCCAGAACUCCUACUCCAUUUAAGAACGCCCUGGCCGCCCAGGAGAAGAUGCAUGGGCCGCUAAAGAUGGUGGUAAGUCCCCUGGCCUUUCUGGAGGAAGAUAUCAGGGAGGUGCUGAAGCAGGAGAUAGGAUCAGACAUCUUCACCAGAGAACCACAACCAGACUUCAGGACAUGGAAACAUAAUGUGGAUGGCCCAGCCAGGAAGGUGCGUAAGUCCCUGGUGCUGGACUCCUGGGGGAAAGACUGUCUCAACGUCCAGCUAUACCAGGACCAGCUCAAUAACGCACUGGUCCCAGAGGAGAGUUUGUUAACCAGCUCCUUAUUGAUGACCCCACUCCCGGAGAGAGACAGAGAAGAGCGCCCCUGCCCCCCCUCGUCUGGGAAGGAGGGGUCUUGUGGCCCCCGGCGCCACCUUCCCAGCCCCCGCAAGAGGAAGAACCCCCCCUCGGUCAGAAUUUCCCACCACGAUUCACCUGGACAGGUCAACAACCAGUGGGAAGCAGUGGUUUAUGGGAAGACGGAGGACCAGCGGAUUAUGACAGAGCAGGCCCGGCAGUACCUGAGUAGCACCUACACGUCCACCGGCUGCACCUCGAGGGCGCUUGUGCUCUGAGACCCAAGUUCCCACACACUACAUCUGUCCACGCUCCUUCUCCUAAUGACUCUUAACAUACUACAGUCUGGUGUAGAUCUACUCAAAUAAUUCAGACAUUUGUGUAUUGAUAAGAUUGGUAACUGAACACUCAAGUGUAACACAGAAUACUUUACAGAAAAGGUAAGACUGUCGUUUUUCGAGGUCACACUGCUUGGUUGUCAUAAAUUGCUUUGUUUGUCUUUUGAAUACACCCCAGCCAUUGACCUCCUAGACAUGUAACAGGUUUGUACAGAUUAGAAAUACUCCAUUUUCUGCACUAGUUUAUAAUGUGUUAAAACUGAACAACCUGCACAUACAGUAAGUAGCAAGCUGUAGAAAUAGUUGUUGUAUUACUACUGUAGCAGUGACUGCUUAUGAGUUUCAUAUUGUUAAUAUAUUGUUUAAACAAAAAUGAAAAAAUACGUUUUAUGAUGUAACAUUACAUGUAUAUGAAUAUUCAGCUUGUUUGUAGAACUACCCUGUACUGCUAAACCUGUUGUUAUGAAGUCUUGAGAGAGAGAGAGAGAAAGAGAGGAGAGAGAGAAAGAGGGAGAGAGAGAGCUGUCAGUAUUGCACUACUGAGUAGGGGUUGGCUGCAGAGAAACGGUCAGUGUUGAGGAGGUAACUGGAUAGUACAAUAAAGUUUCCAUUCCAAGGCCAUACUUCCCUUUAGCAGUCUCAAAUUGAGACUUUUGUUGAAUGUAUUUCAUAGCGUGAAACUGCGAAGAAACUCAAAAUGGAAGGGUACCUUUUUUGUUCAUUUGUUUGUUUUUAUCUAAUUUUAUUUAUUAUCUGUUCUCUAAAACUUAGAUAUUAAUAUAAGUGUAAAUUGAACACAUAAAGUUUCCAUUGAGAAAUGUACCUUUGCUGACAGACAGCCUAAAACCCUUCUGAAACCCUUUGACCUAAGGUCAGUUCUACCACACUGAUCCUAGAUCAGAAUCCAGUUGUCAUGUUUGGUACGGACAAAUAGCGCUCAUGUCAUCAGUGUGCUAAAGCAAGUAUUUUAGUUGAGGUUCUAUUUAUUCAACGUUUACUAAUUUAUUUAUUUCUAAAAAUGGAAAAAUAAAUGAUCAAAUAAUUAUAUUUUCUUUCUAUCAGAAAAAGGAUUGGGCUACCUUUCAACUAAUUUCUACGAAUUAGACAUAACAAGUGAACAUGCACUACCACUAAUCUCUUUCAUUCAGUCAUUCUGUUAACUAUCAGAUUUAGUUAAUAACCAUUGUAUAGUGACAUCACUGAGUUGUUGAUAUUGGUAGAACAGUUUCCCCUGGAAUCAGAGUUUCUUUGUAUUCUCCAUAGGUAGUAGCAGGAUUCAGUCUCCAACCUCUAAUCAUAGACAAAUUGCACUUUUCUCAUCGUUUAAGUGUUGUUUUGUUAAUUUGUUUGUGCUCAUGACGUAGCUCUUGUUUGUGUUUGUUUCGUUUUUUAAAAAUCCAGUGCCAUUGGAUGAAUGUCUCACUACAUGUGACUAUUGAACACUGACACACAGAUGUAAAGACAGAGCUGUUUAAAAUCAAUUGUUUAUAAGUAAUAAUCACAAGUACAAUACAAGAUAUUCAACAUACAAUGAAAGAUGAAGCUUUUACGUCUUUAUGUGACAAUGCGGUCUUCUAUGGCUCUGAUUGGUUGCCUCUAUAAUAAUAGGGAUGCAGCAGAGUAUCUAUGGUCCCUGUGGUGAUGGUUGGUGUCAUUUGUUCCGACAGUCUUCCAACUGUUUAGAAUGUAGAUAAUAAUGGGGAUUAUCCAGCAUUAAGUGUGUUUGAGAAUAAGAAGGGAAUCUCCUCAGGAAAGAUCAAGUGGAAAGAUCAUUUAUGUUCACCCUCUCUGAACUCCACAGAACCACACUUUCUGAACUUUCUGAUUUCCCGACAUCUAACCGCUACAGUAAAUAUGAAUAUAUGUUUGUUCUCUGUUCUGUUGGUUGGUUUGACUUCAGUAUGUUGUAUGUUUUGUUUGUAACAUGUUGUAUGUUAACACUUGGACAUCUAACCCGAGGCUAUGAGGGAAUUAACUAUAUUUAUAGUAGCAGUUGUUGUCAUAAUAAUCAUGCAUGAACAACAAGCAAUACAUUGGACUUUUCAGUGAUCAUGUUUUUACUACAACUACAGUAAUCACAGACGUAACACUUCCAUUAUGUCAUUUUCAAAGUUUACUGUGUUUUCUGCUGAAAUCAUAACCAGGUACCAUAGAAUUCCUGCCAACUGCCAUUGUAACCAUGUACUUAAUAUGGAAUAAUAAUAAAAUGUUAUUGCAUUGCG